ACCAGCCCCAUAAGAAAAUCCAUCGUUUUCCUCAUCGUUCUCUCCACAUUUCAUGACUAUAAACUCCAUAAUAGGCGUCUCCUCUGUUUUCUCUCUGUUUUUCUCUUCAAACCCCAUGGGAAUAGAAUCCGUCAACCCCUUGUCUCACGCUUACCAAUACUAGAAGAAAACCACCCAAAACAAAUCAAAAGCAAAUAAACAAAAAACAAGUACUUCUAAAAGAAUUACAAAACCACUAAAAUAGAAAGAAAUACCCCCCCUUCAAAAAAAAAAAAAACCGCCUUUGUUAUCCCAAAACCACCUUCCCUUCCCUCUCUCGUACCCACAUCCCAAAAAGCGGUUUUUCUGUUCUUUUCUUUUCCAUCCAGACAAACCCAUUUGGGUCGUUCAUUUCAUUCUCACGCAAAAAGGGGUUCUUUUCCGGGUUUUGGGUUGGAGCGCGGUUUCCGCUAACGUCCGCCGGGUGCGUAGGGAGAUAGAAGAGGAGGCGGAGGCGGUGGUGGCCGCCGUACUCGUGGAGGGUGGUGAUCAUGUUGGGGAGGUGGGGUACAUGGGAGGAGCUUCUCCUUGGUGGGGCCGUGCUCCGCCACGGGACCCGAGACUGGACCGUCGUGGCCUCGGAGCUCCGAGACCGACUCGUUUGCCCGACCCACACUUUCACUCCCGAGGUAUGUAAGUCCAAAUAUGAGGACUUGCAACGGCGUUAUGCUGGAUGCAAGGCCUGGUUUGAUGAGCUACGGAAGAAGCGAAUGGCUGAGCUGAGGCGAGCUUUAGAGCUGUCUGAAGACUCUAUUGGGUCCCUGGAAUCAAAGCUUGAAUCUCUCAAGGCUGAGAAAGGAGAUGACUGUCAUGUUGGUUAUGGCUCCAGCCAGACUGAAUCACCUGUUCCUUUUCAAAAAUCAGAGGGAGUUGAAUCUUCCAUUAAAGAAAUGUCUAAGGAUGGACUAUCUGCUGGUAGUUUCACAGAGGACAUCCAUACAUAUUGGUCGGCUGAAUGUCGGAUUCCUGCAGCAGUGUCAACUGAAGAUAUGGAGACUAACCCAGAAACUUCACGGCCUCAUGAGUGGGAGAAAAUCUCAGGUAUUGAGAAGCUGACAGAGACCUUACAUGGAGGACGAGGAGGGAGUUUAACAAAGAGGAGGGGGAAGAGAAAGAGAAAAUUCUGCAGUAGGGAUGUCAAGGAAGGUAGCAUUGGAGAAACUGACUUUUUGGGCCCAAAUGAUGUUUUAACUGCCUUGCGUUUUACGGAAAAUGCAACCAGCAACCGUGGUGAGGUUGCAGGAUCUUCUGGUGCUGAUGAUUAUAACAGAAAUUUGAGCAAGAAUGGAAUUGAUGAUCUGAUGGAGAUUUAUAACUCUCUUUUGGAGAAUAAAAGUGCCUCCAUCUUCCGUCGACGGCUUGAUAGCCAGAAGAGAGGAAGAUACAAGAAAAUGAUCCGGCGGCAUAUGGAUUUUGACACAAUAAGAUCAAGAAUUGCUAGCCGCUCCAUCACAUCAGCUUUGGAACUCUUCCGAGAUCUUCUGCUGCUCAGUAACAAUUCCUUGGUCUUUUACUCCAAGAGCACACGUGAAUAUAAAUCUGCUCUACUUCUCAGAGACCUCAUCACCAAAAAACUGCAGCAGUAUUACAAGUAUUCUAGCAGCAAGGCUACCUCUGCCAACCUCUCAGUUAAAUCCCCAAUGCCUAAUCGUCCAGUGAAACCGCGAAGCUUUCACCCCAUUAAUGGAAAGGUAUCAGGAAAAGCAGCUAAUGCUAGGAAUGCUGUUACAAACACCUCAAAUGUUGGUAAAAGACCAAGUUAUGCUGAUUCCCCUUCUUCAGUAGAAUCCUUGGCUGUGACGAAGAAAGGCCUUGGUCGGCUAAGAAAAGGUGGACGUGUAAGUGCUCAUCAAGGACCCGUUGCUCCCAUGAAGGGAAGGAAGCGGGUUCGAACGAAGUGAAUACGCCAUUGAAGCUGCCUUUUUCCUCUCAAACCCAGUUUUAGUCCCAGGCUCUAGAGUCAGCUAAGUUGCUCUUUCUGGGACUUUUGUAUGUACAAAAAGUUUUCCCUUUUUUGUUAAUAUCUUUUGUUGAUAAAACGCCUCGCAAGAAGGCAUUGUAUACUCACAUAGACACAGAAUGGAAAAGAAGAACUUUUGUUUGCUUU